AGGACAUGUGGGUGUUGGUGAAUCUGUCGAGUCUGCUGUGGCUUCAGUAGGUCAGAACCUCUGUGGAGAAGAAGCAGGAUAAGAAAAUCGGACAAGAUGAUUUUGUACCUUGCAAAUGCUUUCCUGCUCUGGUCUUUGUGUGUGGCACAGUUAAAUGAAGUCUCUCAGCCUGUUUCUUUACAAACACUGAACCUUGGAGACUCAGCGACUAUUGAGUGUUACAUAAAAAGUCUUAUGACAACAAAGGUGUGGUACAAAGUGACUACAGGGAGGAAACUCCAGCUUGUAGCAUCGUUUGAUUCUUUCUUCAAUCGGAUUGUGUAUGCUGAUGAAUUUAAACAUGGUUACUCAGUACAAUCUGACAGGCUCGACCAUCAUCUGUUCAUCGCUGCAACAUCAUGGGACGAUGUUGGGACAUACUUCUGUGGAGUUAUGAAGUUAAAUGAUAUUCACUUUGGAUCCGGAACCUUUUUGAUGUUGAAAGGUGCAAAGAUGAUCAGUGACUCUGUCGUCCAGCAGCCAGAGUCUCAAUCAGUCCAGUCAGGAGACUCUGUGACUCUCAGCUGUUCUGUUCACUCUGGUCAAUGUCCUGCAGAACACAUUAGUGUCAUGUGGCUGAAAAACUCUGAUCAUUCAGCUCCUGAAAUGAUUUACUCUCCUGGUAAUGAGAACAACACCUGCCAGAUGGUCUCAGGAGAAACUACCUGUAUAUACAACCUUCCCAUGAGGAGCUUCAGCCCUGAAGAUGCUGGAAUCUACCACUGUGUUCUGACUUCAUGUGGACAAAUACUGUUUGGAAAUGGAACCACGAUUACUAACCCUGACACUGCAAGCAAACCACUUGAAGUGAGCCCAGCUGUUACUGCACUGAUGCUGUCCAACAUCAUUCUUGGGAUUGUGGUCGUUAUUCUUGUAUGGACACUUUGUAAGACUCGAAGGAAUAAUUCUGCAGACAGUGGAUCUUCUGGAGGCGAUCAGACAAACGAUGCCAUUAUCUAUGCAUCUGUGUCUUCGGCUCACAGAAACCUCAUCCGCAGACAAGGAACAGAGAAACACACUGGAGACUCUGUAGUUUAUUCUAACAUCAGAUUCAGUGAAAGCAACAGGGAAGUUUCAUCUUGAGAAAGUGGACAAAGUGGGGAGAAUCUGGACUGAUGGAGCAGGAGGGUCUUGCAACUAUUAGUGUUUAACUCCUUUUUAGUGGCACAUAAGUCAGACAUGGGAGCUCAGUGCUCACAUUUACAAAGCAGCUUGCCUGUAAUAACCUUGAGUUACUUUUGAAUGAUUACUAAUCCUUAUACUGUACAAACCAAAGAUGACGUUUUCCAACUAUUCUGAAUAAAUGUUAUUCUUGAUUUUA